AUGUCUGUGGCCCUGGCCCUGCUGCUGCUCUCCGAGCUGGGUGCCCAGGCUAGCCUGGGCUGCCUGCAAUGCGACGCCUCGGUGCGGCAGGAGCUGGCCGAGCUACGCACUGCGGUCAUUCCGGCGCGCUUCCACACCGAGGAGCUGGGGGCGCGCGCGCAGGCCCUGCUGCUGGGCAUGGAGGGACCCUUCUUCAGGGACUACGCACUGAACUCCUUCGUGGGCAAAGUGGAGGUGAACCACCUGGAAAGCGUGGUGGCCUUUGUCAAGAACCAGACCCAGUAUAUAAAGGUUGAUUCUCUGAAAGAUGGGCCGCUGCUGGAAGAACUGGUGGACUUCAGGGAGCAAGUGACCAAGGAACUCAAGAAAGCGUUAACAUCUUAUGAGUCCAAAGCCUGCCAUCGCAAAAUUUGCCACUUGCUCAAAGAAGAGGUGUUGGACUGUUUAUAUUGCUACAGAAUCAGUUCCAAAUGCAUCAAAAGAAAGUACUGCUUUGUUGACGGGCAGCCCCGCAUGACUCUGAAGUUCCAGUCAGACAGUGGGUACCCGAAGAACCUGGUACUGGUGGGAACCAUCAUCUCCGUGGGAAUGGCUGUCUUUGCCUUCUUGGUCAUCCUAACUGCGGCUUGUACAUACAGGCAGAACCGAAAACUCCUGCUGAAGUAG